CGCCUGGGUCCAGGGCAGCAGUGGGUGGGCAGCUGGGACUGUGGCUCUGGGCCUUAGGAUGGUGCCCAGAGGAACGACAGGUUGGGGAUGUGGUUCUGGCAGUCGCUGAGCUGCUGGAUGACCUGUCCGUGAGAACUAGUCAAGUCCAGGACAUGUGACCUGAGCCUCCAAAUGGAAUUUUUCAACCUGUAGGGAAAGGCCUGUGGUGUAAGGAUUGUCCCAAGUCCCCGCGGACACAGGUGGUUUGACCUCUGCCCACAGCACCGUUCUGAAGGAGUGUUCUAUUUCUCCUUUUGUGGGAAGCCCGGACUUGCAGACUGUAGCAAUUAACCCAGACCAGAGGACAGAGCACGGAGAAGCCAUGUGACCAGGCCACUGCCCCUUGGGGGAAAAGACUCAAGGGCAGUUGCCAUCAGCCCUGGCUGAUGACUGAGGGGUGGCAUGGGGUGGGAUGAGGGUAGGAGGGCCGGCACCAGAGCCCACCUUCCUUCAGGCCAAGAGGGACCCGGUAACUGCAGCAAGCACGGCUGUGGGGCGCAUGUAGCCUAACAUCUAAUUCCCAAACCCAUCCUGUGUGUGUUUCAACUCAGGCUGCUCUCCAGUCUGUGCUAAGCAGUCAAUGAAAUAUCAUUCCUACACCAUUCAUUUUUGACUACGUCAAAAAGUUGUAAGAAAAAAAAAUGGAAGGGAGGAAAAAGUCAAACCGUUGCAUUGGCCGGGAAUCGAACCCGGGCCUCCCGCGUGGCAGGCGAGAAUUCUACCACUGAACCACCAAUGCUGCUGUGAAGAAGUGUUUGCCGCGGAGACUCAGGUGGUCAGCCACAGGCUUCAGCACCAUGUCUACUCUCCGUCAACGUUUCCCUCCGGUCGGAGGGGGCGGAGCUCUCCAGCCAAUCCAAAAGGAUCCAGAAGAGAGAAUUUUCCCUGAGCAGUGGCGCCCAGCGGAGACGCAUCAGCUUCAGUUCUGUCCUAGCGUCCUAGCCCCCAAGCCCCCAAGUCCCCAAGCCCCCAAGCCCUCCCGCUGGCUGGUUCCAAGCCCUCCCGAGGCUGCGCUGGGCGCGGGACCCCCACCCACCUCUAGCCCGACCCCCGGGGCUGCGCACGCGCCCUCCUGGCGCGCCGCUGUCACUUUCUCCAAGGAUGAUCCUCCCACCACCGGAAUCAGCAAUCGGCCUCCCUGCUGUGUCCAGGCCGCCCGUCCAGAUCUCCUGAAGCCAGAAAGCGGAGGCGAGGAUGGCCGGAAAUUUCACUAACCGGCCUGUGGGGCGUCUCAGGAUGAAGGGGAACUCCCUCCCCUCGCCCCCAACGUCCUCCAUUCUGACCCAGUAGCCUUACAGGCCUCGCCCCUCGUAGGCUGGGCCUGAGCUGGGGACGCACAGCACCAGAAAGUUGUUUUAGAAGCUGUAUUGCCGCCGCGUGCAUCCCCUCCCCGAUCCUUAUCCCCCGUUCCAGCCCCGGGUGCAGAUGGCACCCGAAGCUCCUGUAGCUGUGUCCCCACAGAGCCUCCCUGCCCAGGCAGGUGCUUAAUUCUCUUUGCACCCAAUCUCCACAUCCCUCCUAGGCACCAAUUCCCUGCCUGGAGAUGCAUGGUACAUGAGAGAAGGGGGAAAGGCCGGGCAACGAGAGUCUGGGACUUUCCAGACUCCUGCUCUCUCCCAAGGACUGGAGCAAAGAGGAAGGCGGCCUGGCCACAGCCUUAAUCCUGCCUGGCUGGCCCUGCCAGUCAGUGCUGGGCCACAUCCUGGCAAUCCCAACCAAGGAUUAAAGGCUCUCACACCCCCACUGUGGCUUUGGGCCCUGACUUAACUCUUUCCUUUCAUCCUUUGCCAGACUACGAUCCAGAACAUCAGCUGUUCCUGGGUCAGGCAGAGGAACUUUUGGAGAGCCCUGAUCUGGCCGGCCAGAAGGCUGCAGGCGAUUGACCCCUCCUGCCCACCGGGGCCACCUGACAGAUACCCCUUAUUAGAGGCCAGACAUGGGGAAGCUGGUUUGCUGUGUUCUCUCAAAAUGGCCUUGGUCAAGUCCCUAAGGCCUCUUCCAAUGGAGAAUUCUGGGAUUCUAAGGAAAAGUUGCACACCUCAGUUUCUUCAAGUUAAAUGGGUCUGGGAAAGGACUCUGGCCAUGGAGAGUGACCCCUUCCCCAUUUGUCUCUGUUGCAGCGGCAGUAACUAUGACCUGGACUACAAGCUGUACAGGGAAGAUGUCCCCUACCGUAGUGUGUAUGAGUGCCAAAGAAUCCCUCCACUCAUUAACCGCGUGCCUGUCAAGAUCCGGAGGACCCAGGUGGGCAUGGGGAUCAAGAGCAGCUGCAGUCCCCACAAGGGCCCCAGGAAGAGCCACCUGCCCCAAGAGCAAAUAAAGCUCCAAACCGAGGAGCUGCACUCCAUCAGGGGGGAGCUAAGCCAGAUCAAAGCCCAGGUGGACCGUCUGUUGGAGACUCUGGAGCGCAUGGACCAGCAGAGGGACCAGCUUCUGAGUCAAGCACCUCCAACUGGGGGCCCAGCCUGCACUCCAAGGUCAGAGGCCAGUGAAGAAAACAGGGCCCUGGUGAGUAAGAGAUCCUCAUGCAGAAACACUGAAGCCAAGCAGGAGCCCAGGGGCCAGAGGCCCCAUCCAGAAGCAGACAGCCCCGAGGACAGCACAGACCCAGAGGAGGCAGUGAAGAAUCAUGCAUCAGACCAGGAGGGCAGUCAGUAGAAGAGUGGAACCCCUCCCGGCUCCUUCCCAGGCUUCCUUCCUUGCCUCGUAUGAUUUUUGGAAGGCGUCCUGGUGGCACCUGUGCAACCAGAGGCACCCAUUUUGGAAUGAGGACAAUGAAGUGGAGGCGUGGCUCAGCCGCACCAGCAGGGAAGCCUCUCCGUAAUGGUGGCUUUUGCUUUGGAGGCCAAGAUUCCAGAUAGUCGGGGGGCUGAGAGGGAGGCCUGCAACUGCCUAGCACAUGCUCGCCAUCCUCACGAGGCUGAGGCCCAGUCUUGCAAGGGGCAGCUGAACAGGCCCCUGCCUUGGGAGCGCCUCAGCCCCUCUGACUGCAAGCACUGCUUUGGCUGCUUUUCCCUCCUCUCCAGGUCCUGCCAGUUCCAAGUGUGGAGCGUCCUGCAGCCACCAGCCCCGCUUUCCCAGUUCCAGUGAUGCACAGAAGAUCCACUCAAGUUCUACAGUCCCUUCCGGUCUUUAAGCUCCUCGGUGUGUGUCCCACAUAACCCACCUUUGGUUCCAGACUGCCCACCCACCCUAUAAAGCCCUCAUUCAGAAUAGGGGUAUCAUUUUUAUGUCCUGUUUCUAUCUUGUCUCUCGCUUGACACUGUGUAUUUCAGACCUGCUCUGGAAAUGCUGUAAUGUCAAAGGGGAAAAAUAAAAUUUGUAUUUUUCCCUGGU